AUGGCUUUCAAUACUCUCAUCCUGUCUGCGGGUGUACUUAUCUUUGUUUACGUGGGCCUGUUUAUACUGCAGGAAUGGACACAAUCCAAGGAGGAGCCUCAUAUGGCCGAAGCUGCUGUUCCAUUUUUCGGAUCGAUCCUGCAGAUGAUGACGCAGAAGACAGCGUUCUAUCUACAGAUGAAAGCCAAGUAUCGGUUUCCUAUCUACACUUUACGCAUGCCCUGGGCGAGGAUCUAUGUCGUCAAUGAUGCAUCUCUCAUUUCCGCUGCCCAGAGGCAAUUCCGUGCUCUCAAUUUCCCAGUUAUCAUGGGCAAGGCCAUAGGAAAAAUCGCAGGCACAAGCCCGGCGACCAACGAGAUCAUGAACCGUGACUUGGCAACUGACAACGGCUUUCUUGUCGGGUUCAACAAAGCAAUUCAUUACACUGUCUCCGCUGGCCCAGAACUCGACAGACUGAAUCGAGAUGCUAUACAUUCAUUUGCAACAUCGAUCGACAGGUUUAGCGCAGGCGGCCCGCGCAGCGUUUCCCUCUUCUCUUGGGUUCGGUCUGAGGUUCUCCUCGGCACGACAGACGCAGUGUACGGACCCUUCAACCCAUUCCGAGACCCAAAAAUUGAAAGUGAUUGGUACACCUUUGAGCCUGGGGUGACGACUCUGGCCUUGAAGUUCAUUCCGAACUUCUUGAAUGGCAGGACUAUCCAGGCAAGGGAGCGAAUAGUCGAGGCCUUUCUUGUAUAUUUCCGAGGCGGAAAACACGAGUCAGCGUCUGGAUUGGUCAAGGCUCGCUACGAUUAUAUCGUGAAAAAGCAUGAGAUCCAUGAUCUCGUAGACGUUGCGAGGUUGGAAGUGGCCGGGGCGUUUGGCACCAUAUCAAACAGCUCCCCUGCCGCAUUCUGGUUGCUGUACCACCUGUUCGCCAAUCCGCAUAUCCUCGAAGACUGCAGACGCGAGCUUUCUACCCUUGUGGAGGAGCGGGAUGGCACAUGCUAUCUCGAUGCGAACGGAAUUCCAAAAGAAUGCCCUACCAUUCUAUCCUCAUUCAAUGAGGUUCUUCGUUACCACGGUGUUCAGGUCUCCUUGCGCAAGGUCGUUGAGGACCACGCAUUGGAAGACAAAUACCUCCUGAAGAGAGGGAGUGCCCUCAUGAUGCCCGCCACCGUACAACAUUUCGACCAUGAAAUAUGGGGCCCAAACUCGAGAGAGUUUGACCACAAGCGUUUCAUGCCGCUUGGAAAUGACGGAUAUAGGAAAGGGGCCCAGCGGGCAGCAUUCCGGGGCUUCGGCGGAGGACAUCACCUUUGUCCAGGACGACACUUUGCAACAACAGAGAUAGUGGCUUUCGCUGCCUUGAUUGUUCUUCGCUUCGAUAUGGAGCCAGUAACAGGGACAUGGACUAAGCUGAAAACGGACAAAUUGAGCUCUAAGGGCUCAGCAGUCACGUUGCCGGACAACGAUUUGGAGGUGAUGGUAAAACCAAGGGAUACAAAUAUUUAG